AUUUUUACUACUCUAUGCAAAUCUUUGCUCAUACUUUGAUUUCGUUUUGAUUUGAGAGAAGCUCAUCACACACAAAGAGAAGCUAAAAUAUGGAUUGGAAUAGCAACUUAAGAACCUUUCUUCCUCGACCAGAAACUUCUUUUGACUUCCUCUACAACUAUAACUACGACCAAUAUCCAGGUAUGGAGAUGAAGCAUACAGGAAUGGCAGAGAAAUCGCUGGGGUUGAUUCCAGGAAUGGACAAGAACAACUAUGGGAGUCAGGAGAAGAAGAAGCGAUUGACAACCGAUCAGCUAGAUUCAUUGGAGAGGAGUUUCCAGGAGGAGAUUAAGCUUGACCCUGAUCGGAAAAUGAAGCUCUCCAGGGAUCUUGGACUUCAGCCGAGACAAAUCGCUGUCUGGUUCCAAAAUAGGCGUGCAAGGUGGAAGGCUAAGCAACUUGAGAUGCUUUAUGAUGCUCUUAAACAGGAGUUUGAUGCCGUCUCCAAAGAGAAACAGAAGCUCCAAGAAGAGGUGAUUAAAUUAAAAUGUAUGCUAACAGAGCAAGCCACGAGGAAGCAAGUAUCCACAGCUGGUUACACUGAAAUGUCGGGAGAAGAAACAGUCGAAAGCACAUCACUCGCAAUGCGAAACACGAACAAGCCAAUUGGAGGAGUAAAUCAACAACAAAAUCUUAAUAAUGCAGAACAAUGCAACUACGUUUUCAAUGUUGUUGAGGAGUAUAAUAGUCCGGCGGUAUCAUCUCCUUUCUGGGGUGUUUUGCCUUCUUAUCCAUAA